UUGAUUUUUCAGGCAGUGAAGAAUUCAUACGAAAUAUAUUUUGUUGAGCCCGAAACGAGUUGGAAAACAAAUGCACAGCAAUGUGCCAGACAUAACGUGCAUUCGGUUGCAAAAGAAAAAAUCGAGCAAAUGAUUGAAAAUUUUGAAAAAGUGAAUUUGUGCGAUAUUAUAAAGCCAGUCCGACUGAGGAUUAAUCCGCCGUUGUUUACCGAAAGUGAUGAUGGUGAUGAUGUUGCUGAGACUUCUGUGUCAAGCGUUUCGGACAAAGGUAAAACGUUUAAUUUUUGUAGGCUCUAA